GCGUCGUAUUGUGCGCACGUACUGUGUGGAGCUCUCUCACCGGGUACAGACGCAAGCCAAGACUUUUGUGUCAUUCUGGUGGAUACUUAUCUGUGUUUCGAGAGCUGUUUGAGGAGUGAAUACCCUCGUCUUCGCCGUGUGAGAGAUGAUGGGUGCCUUAGAGGAGCGCUUGUCUUACCUUGUGGGACCCGUCAGUCCUCCUUGUAGUCCUUCGUCAGGAAGCCUCUCCCCGCCGUCACCUCACCAGGACCUCACCACACCUGCCGAAGACAGUGAUCUAGGAAGUGGCAAGUCUGGUGUCGAACCCUCUCCUGCAGCUACCCCGUCGCCGUCUCCCAAGGGCGCGGCGCCCAGCCAGCCCUCGGAGCUUCGGCGGUACAGGACGGCCUUCACCAGGGAGCAGAUCGCCCGCCUGGAGAGGGAGUUUACGAGGGAGAACUACGUUAGUCGCCCAAAGCGCUGCGAGCUGGCCAAGGAGCUGGGCCUCACUGAAGCUACUAUCAAGGUUUGGUUCCAAAACCGACGCAUGAAGGACAAACGGCAGAGGCUGGCGGUGGCCUGGCCCUACACGGACCCGACCCUCACAGCCUACUUGAUCCACGCCGCGGCUGCUUCAGGAGCCUAUCCUAACUACCUGACUCCCUCAGCGGCGCCCGGGGCGGCCUGGGGUGGACCUGCAGGGAUGGGUGUCCCUCAGUCUAUCCCCUACGCUGCUCCUCACCUGUCGUACAGCCCUCAACUCGCGCCCCCAAUCACACGUUAUUCUCCCUAUCCACGCCCGCAGCCGCCCGCGACGUCCUCUCUCUACUCGGCUGGCAACGACGCCCACGUCUCUCUACCGUUGGCGCCUUCGCCCGUUGUCCCGCGGGCGGCCUUGUGCGGGCAUCUGCCCGCCUGUCCAGCCUACACCUCGCCCAGGGACGUGUGUCUCUGCGGGUUCAUGUACCCGCCUUAUGCCCAAAGGCUGAGCCACGCAAUGCCCGCUACAACCCAUAAUUUAUGUCCACCAGUCUCGUCUCCAUCUUCCUUUUCCCCCGUGUCCUCCUGCAGCAGCAGCAGCAGCAUCAGCAACAGUCCGGAGAGACAGCAGGAGUCCCCCAAGCCCCACUCCCCCCAGUACCCCGAGUCCGUUCCCCCUGUGUCGUCCCCAUGCCCUGGUGCCGUUCCAAUGAGGUCUCCUCUGAACCCCGGUGCCAUUCCCACAAGGUCCCCCCUGAACCCUGGUGCCGUUCCAAUGAGGUCUCCUCUGAACCCUGGUGCCAUUCCCACAAGGUCCCCCCUGAACCCUGGAUCCAUACCCACCACCACCACUGCUCCCAGACUGUUUAAACCUUACGAUGACGAGCCCUUGGCCAAGGCGUAGAAAGUCGCCGGUAAAGUUGGCUCGACAAGUGUGUUUACCUGUGAUGUGAUGUACAGUGAUUAAG